AUGGAACUAGCAGAAAUUGUGAUAAACUCUCAAGAACCAAUUGAAUCGAAUGUAUCGAACUCAGUGGCAUCGAAGGCAAUGAAAAAAUCCAGAUUGGGCGAAGCUUUCAGUAACAAAGACUUGGAAAAAUUCGCCCAAUACAUUUCCAUGGGAGAUGAUCCAUCGGAAAUGUAUGAUGAUUUCCGUUGUAUUUAUCAUGCUGUACUAAUGACACGAGGUUGUGCAGAAUACGCCAAGAAAUGCAUGGAAUGCCCUGUGGUGUACAAGAAGAAAUUGGCCAAGUGGUCUGUGUUGUAUGCGGCCAAGUCAUUCGAUCCCACAAUGCUGCGGCAUAAUGCCAUACCGAAUUAUGCCGAUGUUAACAAUGACACUCCCUUGUCGUGCGCAAUGAAAAACGUUUUAUUGGACAAUAAAUCCAAACGAAUGGUUCUGGAGAAACUUCUCGAAAAAGAUCCUGUUAAGAAUUCAGCCCUUCGUUACGAGUUGUUGAAUAAGUUCGAGGACCUGCAGUUCCCGGCUGCUGACAUGGAAAUGUCAUACGAACUGCCACCAUCGAAGUCGUGCUGCAUUCGCGAUGACGGCUGCGAGGACAAGACAAACGAGAAACUAUUCUUAGCUAUCAAAAACCACCACAAGAAGUGUUUCGAUAGUCUGCUGGCCCAAGGUGCCAAAUACAUUGGCAAAGGUUACUCCAAUAUGCAACCCUUGGAGUAUGCUCUAAUAUGCAUCAAUAGUUAUGCCCUGCGCAUACUUUUGGCAAAAGACGAGGUUCAGUUUGAGCCAUAUUACGAUGUAUUUACAAAUUUGGUGCAUUGCUUUGACAGAAGCCCCCACAUUAAAGUAACGGAUUUUGGCAAAUGUCUGGACGUGCUGUUGAAGUACAAAUGCCUAGAUAUUAAUGAAGUGGACAGCGAGGGACGUACCAUUGUGCAAUUAUCUUCACAUUUUUCGGACGAAUGUGUGCUGGAGAUUUUGAAAAGGGGUUGCUUGUUGGCCAUCAAAUCGGAUGAAGGUGAACUUGCCGUAAGCAAUAUCAGACCGAAUGUUCUAAAUGCAUUCUUUGAUAGUCUCAUAAUCAGGGAAAACGAUACGGAUUCUUGGAAGAUUACCAUGGACUAUUCCAACUUCCAGUAUGGUCCCAAACUGGAUGACAACGAGUACAUGUACAUGAACAACUUUGCCACACAAAUGGAAAUUGUCAAGGCCAUAGCAGAGACGGAGACAAGCAAACAAUUGUUGGAACACCCGCUCAUAACUAUAUUUCUGGAACUGAAAUGGAAGCAACUUAGUGGUCUCUUUUAUCUAAACUUCUGGCUGUAUAUGUACUUUGUCUGCGCCUGCGUACCCUAUAUCCUCUUCAAGUUGGGUAACUACGAAAAAUGGACCCAGAUCUUCUGUGGCCUCACCGCUUUGGGUGUCAGCUAUUUGGUGGCAAGAGAGUGCUUGCAGUUGAAAACCAACUUUCGGAAAUAUCUGCGUGAGCCAGUGAACUACAUGGAAUGGUUGAUGAUAGCCUUGGUCAUAGGGCUGUGUGUUAGGAGCAACUUUGAAAGGUACACCCUGAAUUUUAUAUGCUCCCUCACCAUAUUGUUGCUCACCGUGGAACUCUUUCAAUUGUUGGGCUCCUUGCCCUUCAUGUCAUUGUCCCUGCGCAUGCACAUGUUCCAGAUGGUAUUGAAGAGCUUCCUCAAGAAUUUCCUCUUCUACUCGAUUUUUGUGGCGGCCUUCAGUUUGUGUUUCUACAUCAUGAUUGGCCGAAGUGGCGAAGCUGGCGAUGAUUUGAAUGGAUUCACCAAUCCCCCAAAGGCUUUUCUCAAAUCCAUAGUCAUGAUGAUUGGCGAACUGGAUGCAGGGGAUCUAAGGUUAAAUGACUCCUUUACAACUGCAUUAUUUCUGGGCUUUGUUUUUGUGGUCACCAUAGUUCUGUUCAAUUUGAUCAAUGGUUCUGCCAUUCAUGAUAUUUUGGAAAUUGAGAAAGAUGCCAAAAUAAAUGAAACACAGCAGCGUGUAAAAUUACUCUCCGACAACUACGACAAUUUCAGUACUAUGAAAAUAGGUUCCUUUAAACACUUUCAGUCUCCACAAUCCGAUGUUGAUGAUGUCAAUGUGAAAAAGCUAACACCCAAAGUUUUACGCCGCAUUUCAAUAUAUGCCAAUAAAGACAAAAAAUUUGUGGCAGAGCCCGAGUGGUGCAUGCAUACCAAUGAGGGGAAGACAAUCUAUUUCCGCAGCAAAAAAGAAAGCGAAAAUAUAUUCCUCGAUCAACAUACGAUUGAGGAUAUAAUGCAAAGAGUUAGUGAUCCCCACAAAACCGAGGACGAUGUCAAGCAAAUGCGUAAAGAAUUGAAAAUGGUUAGAGAAAAACUGAAAGAAAUUGGAGAAGCUUUGAAAGCCAAGGCCUAAGAUCAUAAAAAUAUCAAAGACUGCAGAAGAAUAGAUGUUCAAAAUUGAAUAGAAAAAUGUUUUAGAGUGAAUACAUAAUUGACGCCAAAA